GGGCGGGCGGCGGCGUCGGAGGGAGAUCCCCGAUGGAGCCUGUCCAGUCGGUGUCUCUGAUGAAUAAGCUGAAGGGGCUGAGCCAGGAGCAACUCGAAGAAGUCCUGAAUAGCCCAGAGAAGCAAGACGCCCUCUUGUUGGACAGUGAGGAGGUGCAGAACCUGCAGCUGGAGCAGGAGAUGUCCCUGGCGACAAACCGCAGCCUGGCCGAGAACAACCUGCAGUUCAAACCGCGGCUCGAGGGAGGCAAGAGCCUGCUCCAAGAGAAAUACACCAAGCUUCAGAGGCUGUACCAGACCGUUCAGAAGCAGCAGCAGCAGCUGGAAAGGUUUUCCAAGGCGGCGAAUACGGAUCUUCUCCUGUCGACGCUGCAGGCCGAGGGGGCAAAGGUCGAGGAAGAGUCUGAGGAGCUGGCGGAGAGAUUCCUCGAAGGCCACUUUGCCCUGGAGGUGUUCCUGGAGCAGUACAACGAGCAGCGGAAACUGGCCCACCUUCGCCGGGUGCGGAUCGAGAAGCUGCAGGAGAUCCUGAGCCAGGCCCGGGCCGCGCCCGCCCAGCCCAGCCCCCAGCGGCCGCCCCCGCCCGUCCCCUGCCCCGCGGCCGGCCCGCCCCUGCCCUACGACCCCAACCCGGGAGGGGCCGGGCUCCCCCGCCAGGGGGCGCCCACUUACCCCCCUGCCUCCGCCGCUCCGCCUCCAUUCUACCCCCGGCCCGUUCAGCCUCCGUGCCCGCCCUACCCCGUGCAGGGGCAGUUUGCGGCGAGCCAGCCCCCUUACCCUCUCUACCCCAUGGCCACUUACGUCUACGGCCCUUCAGGGCCUCCCCAGGUCCCACCCAGACCUGGGUACAAGACCCCCCAACCUCCAUACCACAUGCCCCAGCCUUACUGAGCACUGGGAGGCUGGGGGUGUGUGUGAGUGUGUGUGUGUGUGUAAAUAUUAUACAGACUACAGUAUUUAUUUGGACUGAGUUGUAUCUCCGGGUUACGCCAUGCCAUUUGUACCGUGACUCACUUGCUGCCAAGGCCGGGCUGCGUCCCUCUGCCAGCGUGGUGUGCGGCUUGGCCUUUGACCCCCCUUCCACCCCACUCACUGUCACCAGACCACCUUGCUGUCCCUGGGGGCGGCAGGGGUGUGGGGCGUGCCCCCUGGGCUCCAAGUCUGUAGGGCUUGAGUACGACCCAACAAGGUUGGGACGUACAUUCCCACGCUGAGGGGGCAGGCACUGUCGGAGGGCCAGUGCUGAGGGGGUGGGCACUGUCGGGGGGUCAGUGCUGAGGGGGCGGGCACUG